GUGUGUGUAAGAACUGUCUCAGAUAUGAGUGCUGAGAUUCCCUCUCCCCCGUGACAGACUGUCGUCUAUCAUUCACCAUUAGCCAUUGUAGAGCCUCUUCCGAACACUCUAGACGCUCAUCCUUGGGAGAUCAACUCGAGACCGCUACCUUCAUCUCCUAUGGCAUCUGUAGUCGAGUUUGCGUGGACGUAUCUCAUAACCCAUUUUAAUGACUUUCAACUGGCUUGUAUUGGAAGUUUCUUGAUUCACGAGAGUGUCUUCUUUCUGUCUGGACUUCCAUUCAUAUUUUUGGAAAGGGGAGGAUGGUUGAGCAAGUACAAAAUCCAGUCUAAGAACAACACACCCGAUGCUCAAGAGAAAUGUAUCACCCGGCUAUUGCUGUAUCAUUUUUGUGUUAAUCUACCUGUUAUGAUGCUGUCAUAUCCUGUCUUCAGAUCCAUGGGCAUGCGAAGUACUCUCCCAUUGCCAUCCUGGAAAGUAAUGUCCACUCAGAUAUUAUUUUACUUCAUCCUUGAGGAUUUCGUAUUCUACUGGGGUCACAGGAUUUUGCACACAAAGUGGCUUUACAAGCAUGUCCAUAGUGUCCAUCAUGAGUACGCCACACCAUUUGGACUGACCUCUGAAUAUGCUCACCCUGCGGAGAUUUUGUUUCUUGGAUUUGCUACAAUAAUUGGCCCUGCCAUUACCGGGCCCCAUCUGAUAACCCUGUGGUUAUGGAUGGUUCUUAGAGUCCUCGAGACAGUUGAGGCACAUUGUGGAUACCAUUUUCCUUGGAGCCUCUCUAACUACUUGCCUUUAUAUGGGGGUGCUGAUUUCCAUGACUAUCAUCAUCGCUUGCUUUACACAAAAAGCGGCAACUACUCAUCGACCUUUGUGUACAUGGAUUGGAUAUUCGGGACGGACAAGGGUUACAGAAAACUGAAGGCCCUGCAGCAUGAGGACGGGGAGAACGAGAAGGAAGGAAAUGUGAAGCAGCAGUGAUGGGAGGACAUGAAUCAAUUACACCGCAUGACGACAAAAGUUGGAGGUGUCAUCUCAACUUUCUCUAAUAAUCUCUGUGCAUCUAUCUUCUUGAUUUACUGACUUUUAAUGUCCAAUUGUUGCUCUUACAGUGAAUAUUUUUGUGUCUUGUCUUUUGCCUUUUGUGGAUGUGGUGUUUAAGUGGAGAAUUCGCAAGUUUAGGUGAAAUUGAAUUUAUUCAUGGACUAUUGUAGUA